UGCAUAUUGAGACCUAACGGGUUGAGUGACGUCUGCGACUGCCGAACACAUAGACGCAUUGAGUGACGAAAGCUGUAUACGGAAAGCUCACAGGUUGAUCGGUAUCGGAGAUUGCCGGACACAUAGACGCGUUGAGUAAGGAUAGCUGUAUACUGAAAAUCCACAGUAGCUAUAGUGAGGGGACAAGUCGAGAAUGCAGGAGGGACUGCACUGCCUAGCAAGGGGACAAGUAGGCAGAGAACAUGAACACUUCCGGGUGAAAUUGACCAAGGGAGACAGCCAAGAGUGCUUGGGGGUUGAUAUCGAGAAGCUGUCGAAGUACGUAUGGAAGUUUGGAUGGAAGGUUUGCGUCGCAAACAUGAUAGAAACAGAGAAGGCAAGUCAGAAGAACGCCGAGAAGAAGCGGAAGGCGAAAGAUAGAGUGCACAAAAUCUCCAAUAGGGAAAAGCGCAAGCUGAGAGUUGGGUCGUGGAACGUGUGCGGGUUCGCAAGGAGUGAGCGCAAGCGGUUGGAAAUAGUGGACCAAGUAGAACAAUGCGAUCUACAUGUAAUAGGGAUCCAAGAGACGUGGGAAUUGAAGGAUGGGGACGUGGGAAGCAAACUAGGGAAAUACCGGUGGGUAGGGAAGGCAAGAAAGGGCUUAGACCCGAAGAAAAGGGGGGAGGGGGGAGUCGGAUUCCUGGUCAAGGAACACUUGUUUGACGUGGUGGAAGUAGUGGUGAAAACGGAGUUCGAGGAAAGCCUAUGGCUUAAGAUACCUGGGGAGCGGGGUGAGAAAGACUUGUUUCUAGGAAACGUAUACGUCCCACCGUCGUCGAAGAAAGUCGCAAGCAAGGCGCAGGAGAACUUUGGACAAAUUGGGGAAGAUGUCCAGAGGUUCAGUAGGAAGGGAGAAGUUGUCAUGGUGGGCGAUUUCAACUCCAGAGUAGGGAAAGCUUCCAGUAGAGGACAGGCGAUCGGGCAGCACGGAGAAGACAAAGUGAAUGACAACGGAGUGAGGAUGCUUGAAUUCUUGGGAAGCAACGAGCUGAUGGUGUUGAACGGUAGGAGGGAAUGCGAUCAGCCGGAUUUUACCAGGCAACGGGCAGCUUGCAAUGAAUCCUCGAUCCUCGACCACGUCCUGGCAGAUAGGGGGAGCACACAGAUCCCAGAGCUGCACGUGAAGGGACUAGUGAAAAAGAAGAAAAAGUGUAUUUGGGACGAAGUAGUGCAGAAGGCCAACGGAGGUCUGGAGGGAAACGUCAAGCAGAUGUGGGAAGGGAUUAGUGGAAUGGUAAAAAAGACCGCGCAAGGGGGGGAUACAGGGGUCGCAACUUUGCGAGGUGUGAACGGUGGAUUAGUCAGCAGUGGGAAGGGAAAAAGGGAAGUUCUAGCAGGACACUACAAGAGACUUGGAGUGCCCUCGGAGAAUGAAGCUUUUGACCAAGCGUUUAAGAAGGAGGUGGACGCAUGGGCCCAAAAAGAAGAAGAGACAUCGAAGGCAGACGUUGGGAACGUAGAACUAGAAAAGGAGUUCACUGAGGACGAGGUUGAGGCGUGUGUGAACAAGCUGAAGUGCCACAAAGCAGCAGGAGCGGAUGGGAUAGUCAACGAGUUCAUGAAGUUUGGGGGGAAGGGGAUGAUCCAGCUGAUGGUACUGCUGUACAAAUGGGCGUGGAAAAACGAGUAUACGCCAAGUAGAUGGAGGGAACGAGUGGUUUUGAACUUGUUCAAGAAAGGAGACAAGACUGACCCAGGAAACUACCGGGGGACCACACUGUUGAACACAGUAGGAAAAGUGUUCUGUAAGCUCCUGGACGAUAGGAUAGUGGGAGUAUUGGAGAAGGAACAUAGCAUUAGUGAGGGCCAGGCAGGUUUCCGCAAGAAGAGGGGGUGCGUAGACCACGUGUUCACGGUAGGGAGAAUCAUCCAAGGUAGAAAGAGGGCGGGAAAGCCGACGUACUGCUUCUUCCUGGACGUGAAAAAGGCAUACGACACCGUAUGGAGAAAUGGGUUGUGGAAACAACUGUCCAAAUACGGGAUCAAGGGGAACAUGUGGAGAGUGCUGAAGAAGUUGACAGAGUACAACGCUCAAGACACGAUCGACGAGCUGCACGGCAAGGGCAAGUACGUAUCCUGCUACAUUUCCGUCGGCACCGUGGAGUCGUGGCGCGAGGACGCCGGUGCCUUCCCGUCGUACGUGGUCGGGAGCUCCUGGGACGACUGGCAAGGCGAGAAGUUUCUCGACAUCACCCAGCAGAGCGUGAGGGAUCUCAUGGAGGCCCGCGUGGAGAAGGCGGCCAGGAUGAACUGCGACGCCAUCGAGCCCGACAACAUGUCUAACUGGAACCAGGAGGGGACCGGUGUCACCAUCUCCCGGGAAGAGCAGGUCACGUACAACAAAUGGUUCGCGGAGACGGCAUACAAGAUCCCGUUCCUGGACAAGGACAAGCCCGUCUUCAACGUCGAGUACGACGCGGAUUACGGCGUCUGCGACGAGGCCAACGAAGAGCGCCUGGACACGAUCUUCAAGGACUACGAAUUGAACGCUGCCAUGUGCAGCUGCGCCGAUUCCUCGAGGGACGUCGACUGCUCUGAUGUCACCCGUUGA